UCUCUAGGACUUGCAGCCUGCUCUGUGGUCUUCCAGGAUGUUUGGCUUGCAGGUGGACUAUGGCUUGUUGCUGGAGCCCCUGGGCUUCAUCAAGGUCCUCGAGUGGAUUUUUUCCAUCUUUGUUUUUUCAACAUGUGGAAGCUUUCAUGGUGAGACUACCCUUCUAGUUUCCUGCAGGGGUGUGGUGAACAAAACAGUUACAGCUGUGUUUGCUUAUCCAUUCAGGUUGAAUACUGUUCAGUUUAGUGCACCAGAUUCUAGUCGCUGUGGUGGUACUUGGACUGACAUCUAUCUUGUGGGCAACUUCUCCUCUUCUGCACAAUUCUUUGUUACGCUUGCAGCAUUGGCUUUCCUCUACUGCAUUGCUGCCCUGGUAGUAUAUAUUGGAUAUAAACACGUGUAUCAGCACAACAGCAAGUUUCCACUAACUGACUUAGCUGUAACUAUUGUAACAACCUUUCUGUGGCUGGUCAGUACUUCUGCUUGGGCAAAGGCACUUGCUGAUAUCAAAAUAUCAACAGGGGCUGGCAUUAUUCCACUAAUUGACUCUUGCAGAGCUCCAGAAACAACUUGUCAUUUUGGCUCUGUGACCAGCAUGAGAUCUCUGAAUGUGUCUGUGGUAUUUGGUUUACUUAAUAUGGUUUUGUGGGGAGGAAAUAUCUGGUUUGUGUACAAGGACACCAACUUGCACAGCCAAUUAAUCAGAGGUUCUCAAGUUCCAGGGACAUAUUCAGCUCAAAGAAUAUAAGAACAAGAUUAUACUUUGAAGUGCUGCUACUUUCACAUCAGACUGCCAAGAACAUGGAGCCAAUAGGAUUUAUUUCAGUAAUAACUGAUGGUACAGACUUCUGUUUCAUAUGAAGUGUUACCUUGAUGUAGUCUUCAAUAUUUCAACUGAAUUGUUACCUUGAAAUGUAUUAUGCCUUAACAAAAGGCUGUACAACCUUGUGCAAUAUUUCUGAGAGAAAAUGUUGAGGUUGCCUAAAUGCUGGCACCUUGGGGGGGUUCUUUAACCUCAUAGGAGGGAUGGGGAAGGAGCACCUGUGUUUGAGUUACAACUGCAGCCUAUCUAGUUCUAACAAGCCUUUACUGGAGAAAAAAAAAAAAAUGAAAUGCAAAUACAACCAGGACAUGUGAAAUCCCAAUGAAAAAUGUAGUUGAUCUUCUUGGUAAGAUGGACACCAUGCAAAAGCCAUCUGCAUACAGCCUGGAGCUCUGUCAGGAUUGUGGACGUCACACCUAGAUUUGCAGGUACUCCCUUCAGAUUACAGCAUCAACUCUGUCAACAGGUCUUUUUUGGAGGACAUUAAUUUGUUUAAUAUUUGGUUACUGUUUAGUAUCUUAGGAUAAUCUUCAGAUGAGAACUGCAAUAUUUCAGUGUAAGUUCACUUAUCAAAGGUGUGUGUGUGCAGAAGGUGACUUAGUCUCAGAACUUGCUCACAUAUUGUGGACUCCAAAGCUAAUAUUCUAGUGGCUAAUAUCAGUCUCUACUCCUUCCUCUGAAGGAUAUGUACAGUCUUUGCACAUGGAAGGGUUGGACUAAAGCUGUCUCAGUAUAUGGAAGUCUUCAUUGACUCUGCUCAGCUCACUUGUAUUUACUGAGAGCAAUAUUUGAUGGUUUCUGUGAACAUCUGUGUGAAGAUACCUGACUCUGAAUUGCCUAGAUACAGUUUAUUAGACAAAACACAUGCUUGUUAAUCUUAUCUUUAAGCUGUAUCACGAAAAUAAGCAAAGGUGUGUCACUGUAUAUAUGCAGACUUAGAUUGACUGUACAAGAGCUGUAUUUCUGAUAGUAAGCUUCUAAGUAUAAUAAAGUUAGUGUGGCUGCUGCAAAAAAA